AUGGAUAGCGUAAGGAGGCUCGGUGAUGAGCUCUUGGCUGAGGGCCGACUGAAGCCCCUUUAUACAGUAUACCUUCAUCGAGCCUACGCGGCGUUCUUGAUGGGAGCAGUACUAUCUAAUAAGGUUUUGGUUGAGCGCAUGCUGCGGCCAGGGAAGGAUUCAGUACAAUUUAGAUGGGUUCCCGGCGUCAUGUGGGCAGUGAACAUGGGAUUCCUCGUAUCUGUGCGAUACUUCGAUGGCUUCCGUUUCAGCGCGAUAGCUCCAUGGCUCGCAUUCCUAGACGGGUAG